UAAAUCAUCAGGUCUACUAUUUCACCAAGUUUCAAGACUUUACGAUGUUGACAUUCGAAAUUCGUGACUGUGUUGUUUGGCAUCAAAAAGACAACACCAACAAGUGGGUUCUUCUUUACAAUUAUGGUAAAAGUAAAUCAGGAAUGAUUCUUAUGCGCCGAAUCAUCCGUUGCCAUGCAGUAAAAUCCGUCAAACAAAUAAAUUAAAAUUUUAUUUUAUUUUUGGGAAUAAAUAAAAAAUUGUCAAUUUGAACAAUUUAUUUUUUGAACAAUGUUUUUAAAUUUAUUUGUUGAAUAAUUUAACCAUGGCAGAGAUUGAUGCUGCUGAUAUUAAAAGAACACAAGAGACGCUUGGAAAAUAUGUGAAGAAACCAGUGCUGAGUGAAAAAUUGUUAAAGAAACCCCCUUUUCGUUUUUUACAUGAUGUUUUCAAUGCGGUAAUCAGAGAAACUGGAUACUUUGAUGGCCUUUACACUGCUGACGAAUUGAAUUACGAAAACAUUAGUGAUCGUGAUGCAAAGAUGAAUUUUUUACAAAAAAUGAUCGAUGCAAUAAAAAUCAUUACAAAUGAAAAACUAACAGUAAGAACUUCAAAAAUUGUUGCUGGUCAUGAGCCAGAAAAAACCAACGAACUAUUACAAAUGAUGGGAAUUGUUAUAGAUAAGAAACUUGAUUGGAAACAAGCUAUAGCACAGAUCAAUGAUGUAGAAAGUCCCUUGAGUAAAAAACAAAAACCCAAAGAAAAAGAAAAGGACAAAGAAAAAGAUUCGAAAGAAAAGAAAUCUACAGAUAGAUCACCAAAAGUUGGUGCAACUAAAAAAUCAGACCCCAUCAAAGAGAAACCGAAAGUAGAAGUUAAAGAAAAGAUCAAAUCGAAAGAUGUUAAAGAAAAAUCUUCAAGAAAAUCAUCAAAAGUAACCGAAACUGAAAAGAAGGAUGAGAAAAAACUUAAAACUAAACUUUUGACCAAAGAACCAUCGAAAAAGGUUUCGUCAAAAAAAGCGACAAUUGAAAGUCCUAUCAAAGCAGACACCAAACUUGACCUCAAACCAAAACCAGAAUCUCAAACAGAAAUCAAGAAAAGUCUAGAAAAAGUUGAAAAAGUCGAUACACCCAAUAAAGUUGAAAUAACAAAAAUAGCUGAAAACUUGGAACAAGUACAAUUACCGACAGUAACCACAAGAGAGGAAGAAAAAAUCGUUACUCCACCAGAAACACUAGCAUCUCCUUCGACAGAAUUCAAAAGGGAUGAACAUCGUGCCAGUAAACGUGCUGAAGAAAUCCUACUCACGGCUGCAGCAGAAGAUAAUAACGAUGGGAAUGUAAGCCGACGAUCAUCCGGUAGUAAACGAUCAUCCGGUAGAAGUCGAAGAUCAAGUGGUGAAAAGUCUAGAAAACCAAAACCUGACGACACCCAAAUUCCUUCAGACCUCAAUGACACCCUCAAAACAGUUGCAGAAGAGCCUCCAACAGAAAUCGUGCCUAAACCUUUUCAAAAGCCAGAAUCAAGACCAACUUCAAAUACAAAUUCAGAAGUAAAAAGAGAAUCCACAUUUGUAAGGGAAGAUUCAAAAGAAUCAACUCAAAUUCCUGCACGACCCCGGACUUCUUUGAGGCCUCCAAGCGCUCGACCGGCAUCAGCCCGCCCGGGAGCUCCACGUCGAAGAGAUAAAAACAUUGAAAUAGUCCUUCAACCAAAUGAUCAAAUAAAACUCUCCGGGAUCAGUGUCAGAUUGGAGACUUUUAAUUCAGAGCUGGAAGACGAUGGAGAAAAUUUGGUGAUAAUAGAGAAUCCCAAUACCGAGGAUCAAUUGCAGGGAAUCAUGAAUAAGGAUAAUAAUGCUGUCGAAGAUGAAUCACUUCAUCAGGGUCAUUUGGUUCAGCAGAUUCUUGAGACCCAAAAGGAACUUGUACAAGCAUCUUCUCCAGAUACCGAACAGAAAAGAGAUAAGGAAAACGAUAUUUCAAAACUGAAUUCCCGUCAAAGUUCUGCUCGUCAAAUGAACAGCUUGAGAGAUGUUAUACAAAAUUUGACAAAAUCUGUAAAUCCAUUGGGUAAACUAAUGGAUUUUAUUCCAGAAGAUAUUGAUGCAAUGCAAUUGGAAUUGACCAUGUGGAGGGACACCUAUAACCAAUCUUCGAUUGAGUUAAAAAAAGAAAGAAGUUUAACUGAAUCAGUAACAGAACCAAUGAAAAAUCAACUUGUCACGAUUGAAGCCAAUAUUAAGGAAUAUCGUGACAUGAUUGAUGGCUGUCGAGCAAAAAUAUUACAAAACGCUGACAAAAUCCAACGACUAUUAACAACUCAAUGAGAAAUAUUAUUUUUUAUAAUUUUUGAUUCAUAUGCGUCAUAAUGUUAUAUGGCUUCUGUUGAAUUUUAAAUAUUUAUUUAACCAUUUAACACAAUUAUCACUUACCUUAUGAUGAGGGGUUUUGGAAUACUUUUGUGUUCUUAAUAAUUUCUUUGUUAGCAUUGUGGGUCAAUUGGGAAGAGAACCUCAUUUUCUAUUCAUUAAAAAUGAAUCACGUGUUAAUUAUAUUUAAUAAAGUUGUUUAUUUAUCUCACCCAA